UUAGCGCGAUGAGAUGUAGCCAAUCAGCACAAUGUUUGUCCAUCAAGACGACAACGCUGAUAGUAAGAGAACGGAUUAAGCAAACACAAAGUAAUUACAAAAACUGCGCUUUGUAACUCCAGGAUAAUAACGCGACGCAGCUUCGCUGCUUGCACCUCGUUAGGCUUUUUGGAGCAAACGUGGCGCUGUGACUCCUAGAAUACGCGACAUGGGUAACGUACAGUAGAGCUAACUAGCUUUAGCAUUUUACUGCUCCCUGUUGUCGCUUUUAGUAGGCCUCGAUUGCAUUCUGGCGUCAGUCGUUAUUGAUGAUGUUGAGAUACGUCAAGGGGCAGAUCGCACCAGCACGCGAAGACGACGCUUAUUCGCCCUGUUGAUUCGGAUGUGAAUGGUUUCGACGAAAUAAUUACGGCCAAUUGAGUUCGCGGCUGCGCUACCUAGCUUGUUAGCUGUUCUAGCUAGCUCGCCAAGAUGAGUGACUUGGCUGACUGCAAGCAGAGCGCGGACUCAGAAUCGAUGAAAAGGUGUGCGUCACCGGACCAGAACGAGGCGGACUCUAUUCCAAGUAAGUCUUCGAAAGUGGAAAACUCACUGGAACGACGCAAAAACGGCGAGAGCACAGAAGCGGCGAGACAAGAGAGACAUUCAGAGCAGGAAGAGGAAACGGAAAGUUUAGCAGGUGCUCCUACUUCAUCCGUCAACAACUCCAGUUCUGCUGAGGAAGCGCAGUCGUCUAAGGCUCCGACAGAUGCUAAAGCCGAUGGGGAUACGAGUACAGGACCCGACGGGAGUCAUCUUGUGGACCGGUCUCAUUCGGACUCGGCAGCCAUCGCAGCCGCCGAAGCCCUCGCCAGCCUCACGGCGCCAGACGGCGAAAACAGCCGAGAGACGCCAUGCUCAUCGGAAAGAGCGAGACAUUUCAAAAGGUUGAGCAAAGGCAAAGAGCGCGGGGACCAGCAUGUCCUCCGACCUCAUUCAAAAACGCGGGCGGCUCCCGCGGACAGUUCCACGUUUGUGCAAGGCACAGACAGACAGGACACGGCCACCGCUGGCCAAGGUGACGAAUCCAUGUCUGCAUCUUCUUCCACUCCAAGCUCCUCUUUCCCGUCCGAGAACGAGGACAAUGAGGACGGUGAGUGCGCCAUUGUGUCUGUUAAGAUGGCUCCCGAGAUGAGACAGUCAGUGGCUCUCCUGGCGCAGGUACAGAUGAGACUGGAAGCUCUCGAGAAGAAAAGCGCAUGGCUCCACCAACGCUUGGAGCUGAAGAUGGGCCGCAUGCGGCGGCCGCAUCUCGAUCAACGUAGCUCCAUCACUAAAACCAUCCCCGGAUUCUGGGUCACCGCCUUACUGAACCACCCGCACCUCUCUGCUCAUAUUGAUGAGACUGAUGAGGAUGCGCUCAGCUACAUGACUGAUCUCGAGAUUGAGACUUUCAAAAAUCAAAAAGUGGGCUUCCGGAUUCGUUUCCACUUCCGACGGAACCCGUACUUCCAGAAUAACACCAUUAUGAAGGAACUGCACCUUGGACUGGGAGCAACUCCCAGGUCCUUCUCCAAUGCCAUUCUGUGGCAUCGUGGUCACAAUUUAACGGCUCAUAGUGAACCCCGGAAGAUGUCACGCGGUGUCUACCAGACGUUUUUCAGCUGGUUUGGCGACCACAGUGACCCUGGGCAAGAUGAUGUUGCGCAGAUACUGAAGGAUGACCUCUACAGGGACCCUUUGAGAUACUACCUCACGCCACUCUGGCAGCCAAGAGAGAACGGCAGUGACGGCGACGGUGCAGCAGCAGCAGCAGCAGCAGCUAACCGUGGCAAUGGUGAUGACUGCGUAGUCAUCUCCGACUCAGACGAGGAAACUGGUGAGGCGGAACGGGGCCACAGUGGUGAAGAGGAAGAGGAGGAGGAGGAAGAAAAACGGGAAGAGGAGGGGGUGCCAAGCGCAGAUGAGAGCCAGGAAGAAGGUGGAAGUGGAGAAAUAGUGAUCGACGGAUCUGAUGACAGUGAGCAGGAUGAGGAGGAAGCCUGAAGAAGUAAGGGACGGCAGUGGGUAUGCCUGGGCAUCUUCCUGAUGUUAGUUACAUUAUGCACAAAAAAAAAUCAUAUUUUUGUAAAACUGAAAUAUGAUCUAAUAGAAGCUUUUUAAAUCAGGGUUCACAUAAUAAAGCCAAGGCCAGGUGACUUUUGAUUUUCUAUGGUAUAUUCUAAAACAGUAUACUGUACCAAAAAAUGCUUUUAGUCAACAUUGGACGGCGGCCGAUUUAGCCAAGCAAACAAAAGAUUGGAAUGUUGCAGACGUUCCAUGCGGUAGUUUGACCUUUUGUUUGGAUUUCCUAUUCUAUUCAAUUGUGUUGACCAUGUGACCACAUUUCAGGAGCACUUCGAACUGAACCAAAAUGUGUCCUCAGGGAUGGGCCCACACUCGAUUACGCUAUUCGGGGCUGUGAAGAUGUGUACCCUACGGUAGUAAAGAGAAGCAAAUAUUGUUUUAAUAAAAGUGAUUGUGUUUCUCCCCUCUUUACAUGUUACUGCAGCAAACACACCAGUUAUUGUGUUUUUAUCAGUGGAUUUCCCCAUUCUGCUCUUACUGGAGUUUUGCCCUUUAGUAGAUUUGCAUUAACUUCAACAUACAGUGUAAAGGUUUAUGAAAUUGUGAACACGUGGUGGCACACACGUACAGUAAGGAUGAUCACAACAUAUCAAUGUUCCGACCCAGGAUCAUGUUCGGUACUAGAAGAAGUCUUUAGUUUUAUUCCAUUCCAUUUGGACAGCACAGAAAAUAUAUGUGGAGUAAUUAUGUAUUUGUGUUUUAUCUCCUGCCCGUGUAAUUGUGAUGCCCUCUCACUGCAUUUUAAAGUUUUGUUCCAUUCGAAUCGAAAAUAUGUCCCUGCGCUGUUUGUCGACGAAAUACAGAUUUUGUAGACCAAUUCACAAUGUCAGCAAAUUAGGGACCCCAGGAUCCCUCCAGCUGUCAGAAUGCCUGUGAUACCACUGAUCUGGAAAAAUUCAGUUGGUAUUUAAUUCAUUUCUAUGUCCUAAUUCAAUAAGCUGGCCGGGCGGUCAUUGAGCAUGUUAACUGUCAUUUCUCAAGUAUAACCUGGUGAAAAAGAAUGAGGUGGUUUCGUAACACUUUGCCUCAUUUUCUAAGCAUUGCAGAUGAGUGAACAAGCAUUUGAAAGAAAGAAAAAUUGACUUGAGUGACAUGGCUGCACUUUUUCCCCUUUUUAAUUUUUUGAUGUGUGUGUGUGAUGUAGGCCUGAACGAUAUUGGAAAAAACUAUUGUUGCGAUUUUUUUUUUAGGUUUGCAAUAUAUUGCGAUUUUAUAUUGCGAUAUUAAAAAAAAAAAAAAAAAUCUUUUUUUAAAGAAAUUUU